AUGUAUGUUGUACUGAUUGAUCAAAUCAGUACAAAUAAUACGAUUCAACAAUAUACAUUACCUUCUUUUCAAUUGAAUGUGAGUGUUGCUGAAUAUGUCGGUGUUGGUUUUGGUAAAACAACAGUUAGUAGUCCAUGUCAACUGGUAUCCGGCAAUAGUGCUUAUACAAACAUAUAUGGUGGUACCAACCAAACAUAUUUAGUGGGUAUUCAGGAAUCAUUAUCAUUCACUUCGUAA